GAAAACCUGGCAGCGGAUGCAGGCUGGGAGCCUAAACAGCUUCUUUAUAAGGAAGUAAACAGUGAGCGGCAGCCUAUUUGCCUGUCUGCGCAGACGACAGUGUACCUACCAUCAGACAGCAUGAGAGUCCUCGUCCUGUUGGUUUGCCUGUCAGUGGGCUGCCUCGCUCGGAGACCAAAACGAUGCACAUCCCCACCACUGCUGACUGGAAGCCUUUCUGUGUCCACCGCAAGUGAAAAGCUUAUGGCCUUCGCCAAGUACAGCUAUGACGCACUGGGACAGCGCAUCCGCCUCAGAGAGUUUGGAUCUUAUAACAAUAAGACCUUCCAGCUUGAUGUGCUUCUACUCUACAGAGAGGGUGUUAUGUAUAAGAUCAACUACAAGAACCACUCGUGCUGCAAGAAGCCGCUGCAUGUGGACUUCCACCCACUGAUGAUCCCAAAGAACGCUUCCCUGUUGGGACAGGUUGUGUUGGGCAGCUCCUCUGGCCCGGGACAGGGAGUCCUGGUCAACACCUGGGCGGGAGAGCUGCAGCUGAAGCAGGGAAAAGCAAGGUACAUGAGCACUGUCAGCGAGUUUGGAUGCAUUCCUGUCAGCACCCUGUUUCAUACCAGUGGAAGUGGGUGGGUGGUGGCCAGCUUUUUUAACAACGUCAUCGGACUUGUGGACCCUCAACGCCAUCCCCCACCUUUCUGCAGGGGCGCACGGCUGGAGGAAAGGGACGGAGACGAUCCAGUGACCUUCUUCGGCAUGUUUUAAAACGCAAGGUUAUUUGCAGGAAUGUAGUGCACUGUGAUAAUGGUUACUGUACAUGACUCUUUGCACAGCUUUGUUACUUUUUUAGUGGCAGUCCUUGGUUUAGUAGCAUUUUGUCAGUAAGCUGCCUCUGGGUUAAAUUGAUGGCAUUUUUCAAUCAACUUGAAUUAGUAGAUUUGUUCUGGGUUUAAUAUUCCCUUAUUUGUGUGUGUGUGUGUGUGUGUGUGUGUGUGUAUAAACAACAGAUUGAGUGUCCUUCCAUCAAAAGUAAAUGAUUACAAAUACAACUGAAGUGAGGAGUGAUAUAUGCAGUGUAUCAUUUCACAGUUUUUGAGUUUAUUUUGCCAGAUGUUUAAUGAGAUCUUUUUUUCUCCUGUCAUUUACAUAGAACCAUAAAUAAGUAAUGUUGAAAAUAAAAGAACACUUGCGAGAAUGAAUUAACCAGAGUUCAAAGCAAUGCAAACAGUUGCUAAUUAGCACCAAACACAAAGUACAACUGAGGCUGAUGGGAAUGUCUUUAGUUUUGCCAGCAUUUGGUCAUAAACCAAAGUUUUGGACAAACUGAAAUGUUGAUCUGAUAUAAUGAUACUAGAUGAAAAGUUAAGCGAUCUGUCAUCAGUCUCCUAUCUACCUAUCAGCUGCUUAUACCCUGACUAUUUUCAGCACAGUUGUCUUGGUGUAAGUUUGCAAUAAGCGACAGGUUGACCAAGACAUCCAUUUAGUGAUGUGGGGGAAAAUGAUGUAAAAUGCUUUAACAAACAGGAAAUGUUAAAUCAUUAUUAUAAUUAUAAAUCAAUAUUAAAUUGAUUAUUUGAUUGAUUUGAUUAUUGAUUACAUUAAUAUUAAAAACUCAUGACAAAUUUACGAAGUUUACAAACAGUUUACGAAGUUCAAGCUUCAUAUUUUCUGCAUUUUAUGGUUCAAGAACAUUAGGUCAAAUGUUUACAGACACCCUGGACAGAUUCGAUUGGGAGUUGAUUUGAAAUAUUCUAGUAAAACACAAAAAGCUGACAAGGUUUCUGUGCCUGGCAAACAUUUUGAAAUCAGUGCAUGUGUAAAAAUUCCAUCCUAGAAGAACUGUUGCCGGUCUGAUAUGUGACAGGCACAUAGACUGUUAUUGUGCCGUUUCGAGAGAUUUAAAUAAUAAUUACUGCUGCGGUGCCACGUGUGUAAAUUCACUGACAUGUCAACAACACUACUGUUAAGACUAGUCACUGAUCAAAGUUUAUAGACUCUGAU